GUCCGCGUGCGCGGCCAAGAGCGUGUCAAGAGGCCGGGGUCCAGUCCAGAAGAUCACGGACCUUCUGAAGGAGUUGCACGAGCAGCUUACGCUCGACGAGAAGUCCGAGCAGAAGAUGUACGACAAGUACGCGUGUUGGUGCAAGGACGCCUCGAGCAAGAAGGCGCAGGCCAUUGAGACGGCGCAGGCCGACCUUCGCGAGCUCGGGCAGAGCAUCCUGACGCUGAAGGCGCGGGCGGGGCUCGGCUACACGCUGCUGCUCGAGGGGUGA